AGUACAGAAAUGGCAAACUUUUUAAAGCUGGAAUCCUGAAUAGUGAAACUGGCACGUCUGUUUGCAGUAACUUCUUUGUUGUAAUAUCGCAAACAACCAACACAGUUUUUUCCCCCUCAGACAUCAAUGCAGCAGAAUAGUACUGGAUUUUUUUUUACCAGGUUACACAACGCUCCUCACCUCCGCUUCGUCAACAAAAGAAAAACAAUAACAACGGCCGUGGGGUGGUCAGUGGUGCUGUUUCCCCUACUGCAGAUUCCAUCUUUAAAGGGAUGCUGCAAACACCUCCGUCCUGCAUGAAGUUCCAGGUUCAAGAUAACCAAGUGUGUUUUACCUAGCAAGGAAACAAUAGCUGCAUAUAAAGAGCCUUCAGCUCAAUAAAGACCCCUCCAUGAACUCCAUGUCUAUCCAGGUGGCUUUGAGCUGUUGUCAGGAGACAGAGUGAGUGACCGGUCCAAUAUUCUGCUAUACUGGAUAGCAAUGCACCCUAUGCCUCACCUGUUAGUUCUGAAUGCCAGGUCCAGUAAUGUACCUCAUCAUUGCCGCUCCACUCCUUUGAAUGUCAAUGUUAAUUGGCCAAUCAGACCUUUUGAUAUGAGAUCUUGCUUUAGCCUCGUAAUUACAGUACCAGACUGAUUACCUCUGCGCUGAUUCGGUGGUAGUGAACCAUUCAUGUAAACUCGCAAGCAAGGCGGCUUGUGAGGCUAAUCUUUCUUUGCAACCCCUUUAAAAAGCCAGAAAUGUUCAGAGCCAGCUGAGUGAUGACAGGACUGAUAUAUUAGACUGGCCCUUUAUCUGAAACGGAUGGAGACUUUGUAGACUCGCAUUGGCAUUUUAAUAAACAUAUAACAGUCAACCUGACCAUGAUGUGCCUGCCACACUGUCUUUCCUCAUUUUUCUCUUUGCAUUCUCUGACUGAGAUUGUGUGAGUUUGCAUGAAAGUCUGAUUUGUUUUCCUCAACUGUUCAAAGUGUUUGUCGAGGCACUUAGCCAAGCUGUUCCUGAGAAAACUGUUAGUGUGGUAAGGACAUGUUUUAUUUCAGGUCCAGUCAUGCAUAGCCAAACCGUCAAGCUGUGAACAUUCUUUUCUCAUCUGCUAUGAGACAGUGUGCUUGCAGUGUUGAUAUGAAUACUAAUAAAGGAAGUUGAAUAUUGUAUUGGGUUAGAUUUGCAUCUCAAACAAGGAUUUUCUACAGUAUAUUUCCAGAUCUGUGCUGGGGAUUCUGCAUGGCUUUGCCAAACAGUGCAUGCCCAUGUUGUUUCUGCCACUCUGUGCCUCUUGAGCUAAGCCAGGCUAGGCUACGCAGGGCUAGACUGUGCUGGCUGCCGCUGCUCAUUGCCCUCUGGCCCUUCACUGGAUUACAGUGAUUGGAUUGGCAAGGGCUGCUGCCAAACCCCACUAACUGGUGCCAAUCACUACCAGUGCCCUACAGGCCCUGCUGGAUAAUAAAUACAUCUCUCACUGAAUAUCAAGUAACCUGUGAGGCAGAGCCCACAACCACAAGGAGAAAGAGACAGAAUGCUGGUUUCACAAACUUCCACAAUGUCUAAGUGCAACUGAACGUGUUCUGACAAGUCUACAAGGUACCCGAGUUGAUCAAAUUCACCAAACGCUACAAAGGUUAAAGGUGGAAUCCAAUCAGACGUACAAACGGUUUAAUAAAAAACACACAGAGGCAGAAAAAUAGUGAAUUGAUUUAUUCCAACGCUUCAUCUCAAGAGGUUAACCUAACAUCAGAUUUCUACAUACAGUAGAUGAACAAAGUGUCAGAGCGUUUGUGACACUGUGGCUGGAGCUUGGCCAGGCCAGGCCACAUAAUUUUGGCUCAACUCCAUUAGUCUAUUGAAUUCAGUUUUCUAUCACAAAGAUUGAGUAGGAUUUAGCUUGGCCGAUGACGGGGUUACCCUUUGUAAUGCUGCUAUAGUCACAUAGUGCUUUGUAAUAAUGUUCCAUUAAUAGCAGGGAUUCCUCCAGUCAGGGAGAGGCAGGGAUCAGCGGAGCUAGAGGACCAGCUGCUUCUCUCUGCCAGGCCAGCAGCACACAGCAGAGCACAGAGCUAUUCCAGGACCUCUCACAAUCCAGACAGAGGCAGAGCAGAGCACCAUCCAAGGAGCCAGACCCAGAGAGCUGCAGCCCCCUCUACCACCCAGUCCCCUCUACUCCUCAGCUGAGCCCAGCCCCCUCUGACCUAAGCCCUGUCCUCCAGCCCCAAGACUGUCAUCACCAUGCUGCAGGAAUGCACCACACACACAGAGCCACAGACACACACAUAAACACAUAGCCAAUACAGCACAUGUAGAUGUGUUGAACCCAUGUCUAUUUUUGACCAUAGUUCUAUUUCCCACUCUUUCAUCCCUGUGGAGUCUUAAACCUGGGAUAAGUGUGUGGGUUGUGCAUGUGUACAUAGUGGGUUAAGCCUCACAGUUAACCUGUUCAUUCAGUUCAAUUGGUGUUCAUCCAUAAAAUGUGUUGUUAAUUCCGUGUUUUAGCAAUGACGGGCUGAGGGGAUGGACUGAGAUUAGCAGCCUGCCCUGGGGGACAGUAGAGCAUGAGAGGUCAUCUGUCACGGAGAAAUGAGGGCCCUGAUCGAUCACUACCGGUGCAGUCUGCGCGAGGACGUCCGGCGGGAUUUGGCCUGCAGGGAUACCACUCUGACGUUUGACCAGCUGGUGGACCUGUCCAUCCGGCUGGAUAACCUGCUGAUCACCUGUGGACGUCUGGAUUGGGGCCUGUCAGUUCCAUCCCCCAGCACCACCACUCCGACGCCCAUGGAGCUGAGAGGUGCUGCGCUUAGGGCGACCGGAGGAGGGGCCGUUCCCUGUACCAUCUGUGGCCGCAGAGGGCACACUGCUGGUCGGUGCUGGGGAGGUUUCUCUGGAAGUCGAGACAGCAGGCAGGGAACUCUCGUGUCACCCCAGGUGAGCACCUGCGGAUCUGUCCCCAGGGGUACACCUGCUGUACCAGUGCCAUGGAGGAGACCCUGUCCAACCUGAGUCGCAGGGAGUUUGAGGGGCUGGUCAGAGAGGCAGGACGCUCGCUACAGGCCUCCCUCAACACACAGUACAGGAGCUUCGACACGUACUUCACAGACCUCUUGAACAGAUCCGAGCGUUCCCUUCAAGAGUCCUUCCUGGCCACGCUGGACUCUCUCUACUCCAAGAACGCCCCUGUGUUCCAGGACCUGUACGCUGACCUGCGUCGCUACUACCGUGGCUCCGCUGUCAACCUGGAGGAGACGCUCAACGACUUCUGGGCACGGCUGCUGGAGCGCCUGUUCAAGGUCUCCUCCCUCCCGCAGUACACCCUCACUGACGACUACCUGGAGUGUGUGGCCAAGCAAACGGAGACCCUGCGGCCCUUUGGGGACGUCCCCCGUGACCUCAAGCCCAAGGUCACCAGGGCCUUCGUGGCGGCGCGGUCAUUCGUCCAGGGCUUGACUGUCAGUGGGGAGGUGGUCCGCAAAGUCUCCCAGGUUCCUCUGAGCCCAGAGUGUACCCGUGCUAUGAUGAAGCUUGUGUACUGCCCCCACUGUAGAGGCCUGGCCUCCGUCAAGCCCUGUGCCAACUACUGCAGAAACGUCAUGAAGGGCUGCCUUGCCAACCAGGCCGACCUCGACACCGAGUGGCAGAACCUCGUCGACACCAUGCUGCAGGUGGCGUCUAGUUUCAGUGCUGACCCCAGUGUGGAUGUGGUCAUCUACUCCCUCCCCAUCCGCAUCUCAGAGGCCAUCCUCUACAUGCAGGAGAACACAGAGGUCUUCACCAGCAAGGUGUUCCAGGCCUGUGGGACCCCCAGGGUGGCAGACACACAGAGCUCAGGGUCUGAGGAGAGAAAGAAGAGAGUGAACCCUGCCAGCACCGCAAUGGAGUACAAACCCAGCCCCACCGUAGGGGUCCCACUGGAGAUGCAGAUAUCUGAUGUGUCCAGUAAGCUGCGGGAGAUGCAGCAGUACUGGGUCCAGCUGCCAGCUGCUCUGUGCAAUAGUAAAGUGGCAGCAGGAGCAGCUGGUGACAAGUGCUGGAAUGGCAUGACCAAGGCCAGGUAUCUUCCUGAGGUGAUGGGUGACGGCCUGGCCAGCCAGAUCAAUAACCCCGAGGUGGAAAUUGACAUCACCAAGCCAGACAUGACUAUCCGCCAGCAAAUCAUGCAGCUGAAGAUCAUGACCAACCGGCUGAGGAACGCCCUCAACGGCAACGACGUGGACUUCCAGGAUGCCAGUGAUGACAUCAGCGGUUCAGGAAGUGGAAUGUGUACAGGCGAGUCAUGUGCUCGUAGCGGACCUCGUGUCAUUGUGCCCAAAACAGACAGCACCAGAUACUACAAUCCUCCUGAGAACAAGAAGGUGAAGGGCACAGGAACCCAGACCCACCCCUCUAUCCUCCUCCCCCUGCUCUCAUUGGCCACACUGCUGCUCAGGCGAUAAUGAACAGGUGGUGCAUCCAAUUGAGACUGUGUUUUGAGAUGGAAUAGAAGAGGAAAAAAGGGCGAUUGGUGGGUAACUUUGCCAAAUAGGAAAGGAUUGUCAUUGAAUAAAUGGACUACCUUUUAUUUUGAUGAGAAAACAACAAAGAACAUUAAUAUUCCUUUUUUUUUUUUGCUUGUUUAUAUUUUUUUAAUGUGGCAAGUAGAGCUGGUCUUUGGCUUCUUUUUAUUGUUUCUAUGCUUGGGUGGUGAACAAGGAUGGUUCACAUGCUAGAUGUGAUGUUUGGAUGCCACAGGCUUCUUAGUGAAUAUGCCAUUCUAAUGUAAAGUCAAUGUGACCUUGUUGCAAUGUUCUAACAAUGCCAAUAACAGCGAUGUUGUGAGAACACUGUGAAAGCCGGUUUGGUGCGUAUCUACAGUAUGCUCAUCCAACACAUUAGUUUUUUUUUUUACUCAAUCACAGUGACAAGGGAAUGUGGAUCUCUCAAGUAUCUAUUACAUAAAAAAUGAUGGUUUAAUUGUAAAACCCUUGCAUCAAUAGCACAUUAAUUAACACAGCAGCAGUGACAUAUCUAUGUCCUAUCUUAAUUUGACCUUCUCACAAAAGGACAAUAAUCUUGCAACAACAGGAAAUGUGAAAUAUUAUGUGGAUUAUAAAUAAUAUACAUUUUUGUAGGGGUGGAUACAUUUUUUUCAUUAGGGCAAAUCAAGUCUGACAUUUUAAAGUGGAAAUUACAAACUUUAGAAGCCUUUUAAAAACUCUUAAGUUUGCAUUUCCUGCUGCACAGGGACAUUCUCUGUGAUAACAGAGUGAUUAAAUGAAGAUAGGAGAUCUGUAGGUCUGUGAAAGCAGUUGGGUAUAGUAUAACAAUCUAGCCGUUCUCUAUUGAAGGACUGUAGAAAGCCGCUUCCGUCAUAUUAGGCCUGGAAGCCUCUCUGUGUCUGAUUUUAUUUGAUCAAUCUGGUCUUCAAACUUCUAAAAUCCACCAUUCUGUUAGUAGUCAAGGUGACGCACAGCUCACUUAGCCAGCAACACACAGAGUGUACACACUUCAAAAUAAACCCAACACUCAUACAGAUCACAAGAAGAAUUUUAAGCAUAGCCGUUGGUUAGUGUUGUUCACUCAACACAUCCUGGCGACCCGUCAAAAAAAGGAGGCGCAGCUUUUUAUACAUAUUUCCUAUCUUGUAAUAUAAUGUAAUCUAUUAUCACUAACCCAAACUUAGGGGUUUGAACCUUCCCCGCCUGCCAUAUGCACAGUUGACUACAGCUGGAUGUGGAGAAGGAAUGCCUUGACUAAAUCACUGUCACACGUUCUCCAAACGUUGCUAGAAUGUUCCAGGCAGCACAGUGACAUUGUAAUGAAGGUGUAGUCAGUGAUGGGAGUGCAUUGUUGUUGGAGCUGGCUCAUGUUCCCUCCGUCACACACAGGAGGACAAUUUCAAAGUGUCUGUGUGUGUGUACAGUUAGUCUGUCAUAGCAGAGAAUAAAUCUGAUGUAGUGGCAUAUUGUGUAUGUAUGGCCAAUAGUGAUUAAAUUAUAAAUGGUUGGGGGUGAGACAUCCAGACAGUACGUGGAUGCUAGAAUGGAGAAGAUCUGGUGACACAGUGUCCGUUAAUGUAACACAGUGUAUAUGUCAAUGUACUGGUGUACGGUAUGUAAGUGUGUGAGUGCCUGUCUUUGACUUUGUGUAAAACUGUGUGUGAGACUGUUUGACUGCCUGCAUAUAGAGGCACAACAUGAAUGGAUGCAUGUAGAAUGCAUGUUUUAAGACUGUGUGAAUACAGCUUCUGAUUUCCCAGGAGAGAAACAUUGAAAACCGAGCUAAAAGAAACGUAAACAGAAUACAGAGCAUGAUUGCUGCUUUCCAGUCUUGAUCAUCAUCCCCUAAAUUUGCACUGCCCCUGGUCUCUCCUUCAACACUUCCAGGCCCACUUCCACACUUCUCCUUCACCUGCUUUUCAUGUGGUUCCCUGGCACUUACAGUAGAUUUGGUGAGAUUUUGCUCUUAAUACAUUUAGGUGGGAAGCUGAAUAAGAAGCCCAUUCCUCGUUACCUGCAGGUUCUUAUAGCUCAAAAUACUUGUGCUAACAAACCCAACACUGGGCUGCUCAGCUCAAUCCCAAGCCCAAUGAACACUGAGAAAUCGAUGAGCAGGCCCUCUCAACACACAGAGAAUCCUCAUAUGGAAAAAUCAAUGGGAGAGAAGCGCCAUGUUGAGGUGCUGAUUGAUUUGGAUACAGAUACAGGCUGGGUGAUUACAUAAAAUGUGUGCGUGUGGUGUGAAUGUGGUUUUAUGUGUCAGGGUGUGAAAAUCAAGGGCCCCAAAGUAUUUGGUGGACACACUUGAUUGUCGUACAAUACAGUGGGAGGCAUAAGUAAAAUGUGCCCAUUUGAAAAAUAAAUACAAAAUUCCCCUUUUGAGGUUCUUGUGAUUGAGCAACAAUGCCAAGGUGAAAAUAUGUCGACAUUCUGUCGUUGUUUUCCCCCAUGAAUUGUCAGCUAUUAUAAACGUGAUGACAUUUUAAAGA